CGUUGGUGGUCAUGCGUUUCGUGCUUCCGAAGCGGAACCGGAAACGGAAUCGCUCGGAAUCGCUCGGAAUCGUCAUGGAAUCACGUUUCGGAUAGUGAGACGUUUGGAACCGUAAUGGAAGCACGCGAUUCCAGAUUGGAAGCGUCGAUGGAUAGUUGACGGAAGCGUCGAUGGAUAUAUGUUCAAAAAACUGAAAAUUAUUUUGGGCUUUUAAAUUUUGAUUUGUUUUGUGAAUAUGUGAUCCAAUUAGCCCAUUAUAAUAACAAAACCCUAGUUACCAAAUAAGCUAAAAAGAUUAAAACUCUUGAAAUUCAGUUACCGUACGAAGCAGUUCUGAUAUUUCUUCAAGUUCAACAUUUUAUCCGGAUUCUGAGAGAAGAGAAGCAAAGGUACAUAACUCAUAUAUAUAUAAAUACUCAGUUAUUGUGCUUUGUUUGAUGUGUUGUCACUUGUUUGUCUUUUAUGCAUGUGGUUUGCAUAUUCUAUUGUUUGAUCGUGAGUGUAUUAAAGUCAUGGCUGCACUUUUCUGGUUUUCAAUUUCAGAUAUUUUAAAUAUAGUAUUAUUAUAAGUUGCUUUGUGUACGUAGCUUUGUGUGAUAUUGUUGUAGUCUUUUGCAAUUUUAUGUUUCAUAUUUGUAUUAUGUUUGGUAAAUUAAGAUAUUAUAUAUUAGUAUUCAUAUAACUUUUUCACAGGACUAAUGUCUCAAGAUCCUCUAAACAUUGAUGAGUCCUCGAACGUGGAUGACAAGGCACCUUUGUGGAUCUAUGUGAACAAAAUUGAGAAGUUAGCUGGAGGAGGAUCAUGGAGGUUUGAAUGCAAGUUCUGCAGUAAUUCAUAUGUUGGAUCUCAUAGUAGAGUUAUGACUCAUCUGCUGCAAGAGGGAAAAGGAAUUAAAGGAUGCUUGAAAGUCACUCCUCAACAAAGAGUUAACCUUAAAAAGCUAGUUGAUAAUUGCAAAGAGAGGUUAAAGCGUGCAACUUCCAAAGCAGUUCCACUUCCUUCGUCAUCAAGGAACAUGUCUAGUUCUUCUCUUGAUUAUGAUAUGAGCUACAAAGUUCCAAAUGCAACUGAGUCUGAUCCAAAGAAGAGAAAGGGUCCUUUGGAAAAAGCAUUUCAGAAUGAAGCUAGGGAGCAAUGUGAUGGGGAGGUAUCUAGGAUGUUCUACACAGGUGGUCUGUCUUUUAACCUUGCAAGAAAUCCUCACUACCGCAAUUCAUAUGUGCGUGCUUCCCAAAUUCCAGGAUAUGUUCCACCCGGAUAUAAUGCAUUGAGAACUACACUUCUUCAAAAGGAAAGAAAGAACAUUGAGAUGCAUUUGCAACCUUUGAAGAACACAUGGAAACAAAAAGGAGUGAGUAUAUGUAGUGAUGGUUGGUCAGAUCCACAACGAAGACCAAUAUUUAACUUGAUUGCUGCAAAUGAGAGUGGUCCAAUGAUGUUAAGGGCGAUCAAAACUCAUGGUGAGACAAAAACCGGUGAGAUGAUUGCAGAGCUGAUCAUAGAAGGCAUAAAGGAGGCUGGGCAUGAAAAUGUGGUUCAGGUUGUCACUGACAAUGCUUCAAACUGUGUAAAAGCUGGUGCGCUUAUUUCAGCCAAGUUUCCUACUAUUUUCUGGACACCAUGUGUGGUUCAUACCUUGAACCUUGCUCUGAAGAAUAUAUGUUCACCAUUACUGAGCACAAGAAAUAAUGAAGCGGUGUAUGAUGCUUGUUACUGGAUAAAGUCUAUCAGUGAAGAUGUGAAUUGGAUCAAGAAUUAUAUUAUGAAUCACGGGAUGAGGCUUGUAAUGUUCACUGAGCAUUGUGAUCUUAAGCUCCUCACAAUUGCUUCUACAAGGUUAGUUUUCUAUAUUUUUAAUUGAGAGCUUACUUAUAUUCUUAAUCUUUAAGUUAAUAAUCAUUAGUUUUAUUUUUACAGGUUUGCUUCCACGGUUGUAAGAUUCAAAAAAAUAAAGACCGGGUUACAACAAAUGGUGAUCAGUCCUAAAUGGGAUGACUAUAAAGAAGACGGUGUAGAGAGAGCAUCUGCAGUGAAGAAAAAGAUAUUAGAUGAGUUGUUUUGGGAGGAGCUUGAAUAUGCUUUAUCUUUCACUUUGCCCAUCUAUAGCGUGAUUAGAGCUGCUGAUACUGAUAAACCUUCUCUUCAUCUGGUUUAUAAAUGGUGGGAAAGUAUGAUUCAGAAUGUCAAGAGAGCAAUCUUCAAAAAAGAAAGGAAACAACUUAAUGAAGAUUCCGUCUUUUGGACUGCGGUGCACUCGAUUUUGACUUCUCGUUGGAGUAAGAGUAAUACUCCUCUUCAUUGUAUGGCACAUUCUCUAAACCCCAAGUAAGUUUAUAAAUCUGUUUUUAUUCUGUUUUUCUUAUCAACUUAUAAAAUGGUAAAAUUGGUUUUUGAUCAGUAAGAUUUUAAUUGUUAUAUAUAUUUGUUGGAUGCAGGUACUAUAGUUCAGAGUGGCUUGCAGAAGAAGACAGUAGAAAAGCUCCACAUCAAGAUUUGGAGGUUACUAGAGAAAGAAAAAAUUGCAUCUUAAAGUAUUUUCCAAAUCAAGAUGAAAGGAGAGAGGUUAACGUUGAAUAUUCUAACUUCUCUUUAUGCAUGGAGGACUUUGGUAGUGUUGAUGUGAUUCAUGAUAGGUUUAUCUUAGAACCUUUGAGAUGGUGGGCAGUUCAUGGAUCUCCGGCACCAAAACUUCAAAUCUUAGCAUUCAAGUUACUUGGACAACCAUCUUCAUCCUCAUGUUGCGAAAGGAAUUGGAGUACAUACAAGUUCAUUCAUUCUGCUAUAAGAAACAAGAUUGUUCCCCAAAGAGCUGAAGAUUUAGUAUUUGUGCAUACUAACCUCCGUCUUCUAUCAAGAAGGAGCUCUUCUUAUAAAGAAGGCCCUAGCUGUAUGUGGGAUGUAGGAGGUGAUCAAUUUGAUUCGCUGGAUGAGAUUAAUUUGGGAAGACUUGAGUUUGAAGAUCUUUCUCUUGAUGAACCAGAAUUGGAAGCUGUUUUGUUUGGUGGAGAUGGGAA